AAUUAACAUUUAAUGUCGUUUACCAUUAGAACCUCUUUUAUAUUCACAUCUUGGUGAUGAAACGUGACACUCUCCACUUUAGCUCUGUACUCGGCUGACGCUGACAGCAGUGCUUCCGCUACUGCCAAGGGCAUCAUUAUACAGUGUUCAAUUUUCACAAGGUAUGAAGUUAAAUCAAUCAGUCAAUAUUUUACUGUGACUGAAGGUUUUUCUUUUUACAAUUCAAUCGUCAAAUAAAGAUUUGCUCUUCAUAUCAAUUCAUCCCACAGGAAAGAGGUGUUUAUUUGUUGGCUAUAUCCAAUGUUGUGUUGGCACUACUAUGUAAUAAUAUAUUUUUUUGUGUUUAGUGAAUAAUGCUGAAAAUAGCAAACUUCCUCCUGAAAAGUCACACACUAAAUGCCAAUCGCAAUUUUUUUUUAAAAAGAAACAAGCAAACAAAAAACCUUGCGAUUAAGAGUAUUUUCCCAAAUCGUUCAGCCCUACUCUUGAUUGAUGACGAGGUAGUUUUAAUUGGGCUCACAUUGUUAAAGCUUAUCAGCUUCCCAGUGACAAGGACUGGCUAAGUGUGGCUAAAGGUUCAGCCACUAAAACACACGUGAUGUUGCGGCUAACUACACACGUGUGGCUGGGAGAUUUUUAUACUGUUUAGCCACAUUGGCGAAGAGGUUUCAUGACUCAGUGCCAACCCUCCUAACAACCUCCAUGCUUUUUAAUGCUAAUCGUAUUGACGCUUACAACCUCCCGCUGAAGUUUGGAGGCUAACAGUUUUGAUGCUAACAGGUUUUAUGCUAUACUAACAGAGCUUAUUGGUUAGUAGCUGCAGGUGUCAUCGCGGUAGCAUCUGUCUUGUAACGUGUUGAAGCAGCUGGACGCGAGAGAAAAGUUAGACUUUAUGGAGCCGCGGUGCAGUUUUCGACACGCUCGUCACAUCUGUUUGAGGGGGCCCGGCCGGCUAGCCGGCGGCGACGGUGGCAACGGCUAGCCUGCGCGCUUGGGACGUGUGUGUGCUUGCCCACCGCGGAUGUUUAAAUAGCCGCGAUACUAACAUUGGCCCCUUCACUGGAUGCCUGCGUGAAAGACGCCGCCAUCAUGUUCAGGGUGCUCGUUUUGGCCUUGGUUUCUGCGCUUUACUUCCUCCCUCACACGACUGGGGGCGAAGUGGCCUAUGCGUGUCACAAUGACACAGCUGUGAUGUCAUGUGAGUCGGGCUUUAAGAUCCACUUGGGCCACAUUCUGUACAAAGUGGGCGUGGGCACACGCUGCGGGGAAGGCAAGCAUCACCCUGAUGACGGCGAGGGCGUCUUCUGUUCCUUCCCUUGGGCCGAGAUGGUGGUGGAGGACCUCUGCGGGAACCGACGGUCCUGCGAGGUUCCCGUCACCGAGGUAGUGUUUGGAGAGUAUCCCUGCAAGGAGAAUACACGAUACCUGGAGGUGGCCUACACCUGCGUCGCACAAGCGCCGCCACCACCGCCACCGGCACCCGCCAAAGCUGACUGUGACGACAGCAUUGCCUGAGCGUUUUCAUGAUGGAGACCUCACUUCCUGUUGGAGCAGGAUGAUGAUGACCAUGAUGAUGAUCUUGAUGAUCAUGAUGUCGUAGUGUAGUUUAUUGAAGAUGGAAUAAAACAUAAUUUCACACAUUGA